AUGUUUCUUGAAUUAUAUUUUUACUUGAUAUUAUGUUGUUAUAUAUCAUUUAAUAGUAGUUUACAAGUUAAAAAAAAUAAUCAAUAUUUUUUAAACAGUUCAUAUAAUAAAAAAGGCACUUCUAGGCCUUCAAGAAGAAAAAAAAACUCUUUUAUAAAUAACUUGUUUUUAGUUGAACACGUAAAAACAAAGAAAAGCACCUUUAAAUGUUAUCAACAAUGUAAACGUAAGAAAAAUGUAGAAUCGGGUAACGAUUAUAUGUGUGAUGAUGUUAAGAAGAAGAGAAAAAAAAGUGGAAAAAAUAAAAAAAGUGAUAUUUGUCAUUAUGAUGAAGAUGAGGAAGGCAUUAUAGCGAAACCUUAUUAUGAUGAUUAUCAUCGAGAAAAUAGGAAUGAUAUACAAUACGAUACAAAUGAAGAUAAUAAUUAUGAAGAAUCGGACCAAGAUGUAUACGAUGAAGAAUCAGACCAAGAUGAAUAUGAUGAAGAAUCAGACCAAGAUGUAUACGAUGAAGAAUCAGACCAAGAUGAAUACGUUGAAGAAUCACAAGAAAACGAAUGUAAUAAAGAAUCAGAUGAAGCUGACCUGGAUGAACACUUAAAAGAACGUUUAAUGAAAAGAAAAUCAUUUUACUCCAAACUUUUUAAUAUUGAUGAUAAUGAAGACAAAUUUAAUGUUUUGUCACCAAAAUAUAAUAUGAAUAUUUAUAAUAUCUUAGAAAAAAAUUAUGAUCAGAAUGAAGAGAAUCAAAUUGUUUUAACUAUUAAGAAUUUAAAUUAUGAAAUAAAUAAUAGAAAAUUAAUUACUAAUUUAAAUUUACAAUUAAAUAAAACGGAAUGUAUUGGUUUGAUUGGAAAUAAUGGAUGUGGGAAAACGACUUUGUUAAAUUUAAUUUAUGAAAAUUCUGAUAAUAAAUUAAAGAGUUUUACAUUAAAUAAUAACAUAAAAAAGAAGGAAGAUGCAGUAUCUCUUAAUAAAUUUAAUUUGAAUAUAUUAACUUCGUCUGUUAAAAAAAAUGAUUUUACUUUAUUAUAUAAAAUAUUGUCAUAUAUGAAAAACAAUUCAAUAGAAUUAAGUAAUUUACCAACUUUAAUUCAAAAUAAAACUAUUCAUAAUAUAUUACAAGAAGUUAAUAAAGAUGAAAACAACACCACCACCAACAACAACAACAACAACAAAAACAACAACAAUAAUAAUAAUAAUAAUAAUAAUGAGUUGUUUUAUAAAAAUGAAGUCUUUUAUUUUAAACAAAACAUACAUCUUCUUGAAAACAAUAAUUUAACUAUUUUUGAAAAGGUUUUGAAGUUUUAUGAUAACACAUUGGAAAAGUACGAAAUAUUAAAUUAUAUCGAAGAUAAUUUUGGUAAGUAUGAAAAAUAUGAUACUAUAAAAAAAUAUGGAUUGAAAGAUAACAAAAGAAAUGAUGAUAUUACAAAAGAAAAUAUAAAAAAUGCUAGUCGUGAUAUUUUUAUUACAGAACUAAAUAAGAAUGAUCAAAAAUUAUUACAAAAAAGUUGUAUGUCAAGUAAUCAAUUUAAUAAUGUUGAUACAUAUGAUGCAUCGAAUGUAUUAAAAAAAAAUGAAGAAGACUUUUUAAAAUCAGAAUAUUUUAAAUUGAUUUUAAAAUUAUAUAUGCAUGAAAAAGAAAACAUUUAUAAAGAAAUAAAUAAUAUAAAAAUGAAUUUUAAUAAAUAUGUAAAUAUAUUAAAUUUAAAAAAUUUUUUGAAUGUCAAAUUAUGUCAUCUAAGUAAUGGUUAUAUUAUUCGUGUAUAUUUGUUAUUACUACUUUUAAGUAAAUCUAAAUUAUUAUUAAUUGAUGAAAUAAAUAAUAAUCUUGAUAUAUUCAAUAUAUUCUUUAUAAUGAAUAUAUUUAAAUAUUCUUUAAAAUAUAAGAAACUUGCAAUAAUAUUAGCUACGCAUGAUUUUUUUUUAGUAAGUAAAUUAUGUAAUCGAAUAUUAGACUUUAAUAAAAUAUCAGGAUAUGAUGUAGAUCUUAGUAAUAUGGCUUUAUUAAAAAAAAUCAAUAAAAAUAAUAAUCACGAUGGUCAGGAUUAUGGUAUAUAUAUGGAUGAUAUGACUAAUAAUCGAACAAAUGAAAGAAGAUCUAAUUUAACCUAUUUUAAAGGUAAUUACACAGAUUAUUUGAAUAAUAUGAAAAUAUUAUUUGAAAAUAGAAAAAAGAAAAAAGAAGAACUUAAAAAAAUAUUAGAUCAAAUAAAUUCUGUAAUAUCAAAAAGUAAAAAGAAAAAAAAAAAUGAAUUCAUACAACCAUUUGUAAAAAAAAAAGAAGAAGAAUUAAAGUUGUAUCAAAAUAUUAAUUCUAUUCUGUUUGAUACAAAACUGGAUUAUCAAUAUUUGUAUUACAAUUUAAUCUAUAGUAAUAAAAAAAAUACUGAUACAAAAGCAAAAGGAAAAGAAAAGGAAAAGUCAAUGGUAACAAAUUUGACCUUCACAAACACUCAGAAGAAAAAUAUGGAUACUGAAAGAGAGGAUGAAAUAAAUGAGAAGGUGGAUUAUGAGAGUUAUUCGAGUGAUACGAAUGAAAAUGGGGAAGAGAAAGAAAAAAACGAAAAACAAAAACAACAAAAACAACAACAACAGCAACAACAAAAACAGCAACAACAGCAACAAUCGAAACAACAACAACAAUCGAAACAACAACAACAAUCGGAACAACAACAACAAUCGGAACAACAACAACCAGAACAGAAAGAACAAGUAGAUUAUAAUUAUGACGAUGAUGAGGAUAUAAAAAAAUUCGUUUACAAUAAAUUUAACGAUGUUGAAGGCAAUAUGAAUAAGAAUAUCCUUAUCGAUAUGAGCAAAAAAAUAAAAAAUAAUGAACUUAUUGAGACAGGUGAAAAAUACGGAACAAAUAAUAUGCCAUUAUAUGAAUUUGAAAAUUUUUCCUUUUAUUUUUUAAAUAAAAAUAAUAGAAAAAAAUAUAUAUUUAAAAACAUGAACUUAAACAUUAAUAGUGGGGAAAAUGUGUUAUUACUUGGUAAAAAUGGAAUUGGUAAAUCCACACUUUUUAAAAUAUUAACUAAUAAAUAUAAUUUUCUAUUAAAAGAAAAGGAAAAUAAGUUAAAAGAAAAAAAAAGUAUUUAUGUAUAUGGUGAUAAUGAUGAUAUAAUGGAUACAAAUUUUUCGAACUUAAUAAAUGAAACAAAUAUUGAAAAUAUAAAAAAAAAUUAUAAUUUUGAAGGUACAAUUAAUUGUAAUUUUAAAAAUGUUCUCUUAACAUACUUUGAACAAAAUAUGAUUAAAAAAUUAAAUGCUGAAAUUAAUGAUUAUUUUAAAAAUCUAGUUGAAAAGGUAAACUAUGAACCUAUUAGUUUUUAUAAUAAUUAUAAUAAAAAUGAUGAUAUUAUAUCCAAUGAAAAUUUUUGUUUUUAUAUAUUAAAUAAAACGAAAUUAUUGUAUAAUGAAAAAAUAGAUAAUAUUGAAGAGAAAAUAAAUAAGUUAUUAAAAAUUUUUUUUAUUGAUAGUAAUACGUCUAUUAAAGACAAAAGUGGAGGUGAAAAAGUGCGUAUAUUAUUUCUUUCUUUAUUUUUAAAAAAAUCAAAUUUAUUAUUAUUAGAUGAAAUAAAUAAUAAUCUUGAUAUUUAUUUAAAAAAUUUAUUAUUAAAUUUUCUUAAUUAUAUUUAUCAAGGUAGUUAUAUAUUAACAACACAUGAUUUUUAUAUAAUAAAAAAUCUAAAUAAUAUUCAUAAAAUUAUUUAUAUAUUUGAUUAUCAAAAUAUUUUCACAUUUUAUAAUGUUCAAGAUUUUAUUGAAAAUUUUUAUAAUUUCAUUCUUAAUUCCUUUAAUUUGUGUAAUGCUGAAUUAAAGGAUCAUGAAUAUAUACAAAAGAAAAGAGAUAAAGUUAGAUUACACAAUUAUUCAAAUUAUUUAAAUUCACAAAACAUUUUACAAUCUAAUCAUCUUGUACAAAAUAAUAUUCAUCUAUCAUCUCCUUAUGAUACCAAAAAAAAGGAUCUCAUUAAUUCCGAAGAAAAUAUAGAACAAUUAAAUAAUCGCGCCAAUUAUCAAAAAUACCUUUAUGAUAAUUAUGAUUAUGAAAUUUUACAAUUUUUAAAAAAACAGUUUGAAAAAGAUAAUAAUGAAAGAAAAAAUUAUGAACAAAUAAAUAUACAAGAAGAAAUUUUUCAAAAAAAAAAAAUUAAUAAAAAAAAUUUUGGAGGCAAAGGAACCUCAGGAAAAAUUAAAAUUAAAAAUUGGAAAAGAUGGAAGAAAUAA